UAAAGAAAAACAAAACUAGGCAUAAAUACUGUAAUGAGUGACCAGUAGUAUUAUUGAAUUAGCCUACAGUGAGUCAUUGAGUAAAAGCCAGGAGAUCCAUGUGUGCUGGCUGGCAGUGCGAUAUAUAAAGGCAGCAGCAGCAGCAGCAGCAGCAGCAGCAGCACAGGGGCACAGCUCAGACCUCCUCAGUACCACCACCAGCAGCAGCAGCAGCAGCAGCAGCAGGAUGCGCGUCUUCACCCUCCUGCUGUCUCUCGGGUUCCUGCUGAAGGAGGCUCGGGCAUGGGGCUUCAAAAACGGAAUAUUUCAUAACUCCAUAUGGCUGGAACAAGCAGCUGGAGUUUACCACCGGGAAUCCCGCAAAGGGAGAUACCAGCUGACAUAUAAAGAGGCCAAGGCUGUCUGCAAGUACGAGGGAGGGACCCUGGCAACUUAUGAACAACUGGAGGCAGCUCGUCAAAUAGGUUUCCAUGUGUGUGCAGCUGGAUGGUUUGACAAAGGACGUGUUGGCUACCCCAUCGUUAAAGCUGGUGUCAACUGUGGUUUUGGGAAGGUUGGCAUCAUCGACUAUGGAUACAGGCUGAACAAAAGCGAAAAAUGGGAUGUGUACUGCUACAACCCAAACUCUAAGGAGUGUGGUGGGGUGCUAACAGAGCAGCAGAAGGUCAUUCAGUCUCCUGGCUUCCCUGAGGAGUAUCAGGACCAACAGAUCUGCUACUGGCACAUCCGUGUGCGCCUCGGCCAGAGGAUCCGACUCCACUUCCGGGAAUUUGAUGUGGAGGAUGACACAGCGUGUCUAGCAGAUUACCUGGAGGUGUAUGACAGCUACGAUGAUAUCUCAGGCUUUGCUGGGAGAUUCUGUGGUGAUUAUCUACCUGAAGAUAUCAUCAGUACAGGAAACGUGAUGACACUGAAGUUCCUCACUGAUGCUUCAGUUACAGCCGGGGGCUUCCAGCUACAAUAUACUGCCUUUAAUGCAUCUCUGCAUUCAAACAAUUACACCCACUAUUUUCACUGACACUUCACUUUAAUACACUUGUGUAAUCCUGUUGCUGUAUUUAUAAUGUUAUUAGUUAGUUCAUGUACUGUAAUUAAUUCUUUAUAACUGAUUAAAUAAAUAAUUCAGUUCAAAUAAACAAGUUCAUUAAAUUGUGUUGCAAUUUCAUUCUUCUUACUUUCUAAAAAUAAAAGUAUGUUCAUAUUCAACGUA